GUCGCGCCGUCCCUGCAGCCCGCGGGAGGAGGAGGAGGAGGAGGGAGGGGGGGAAGAUGCCGGGGAAGCUGAAGGUCAAGAUCGUGGCAGGGCGCCAUUUGCCGGUGAUGGACCGCGCCAGCGACCUGACCGACGCCUUCGUGGAGGUGAAAUUUGGAAAUACAACAUUUAAGACAGAUGUGUAUCCCAAAUCGCUUAAUCCUCAGUGGAAUUCUGAGUGGUUCAAAUUUGAAGUAGAUGAUGAAGAGCUACAGGAUGAGCCUCUCCAGAUCACGGUUCUUGAUCAUGACACCUACAGUGCCAAUGAUGCCAUUGGCAAAGUGUACAUAGACAUUGAUCCUUUGCUCUAUAGUGAAGCAGCUACAGUUAUUUCGGGAUGGUUUCCAAUUUAUGAUACUAUUCAUGGUAUACGUGGGGAGAUCAACGUGGUGGUGAAAGUCGAUCUCUUCAAUGACUUAAACAGAUUUAGGCAGUCAUCCUGUGGAGUCAAAUUCUUUUGCACUACAUCUAUUCCUAAGUGUUACAGAGCAGUAAUAAUUCAUGGAUUUGUGGAAGAACUUGUAGUUAACGAAGAUCCAGAAUACCAGUGGAUAGACCGAAUUCGUACUCCAAGGGCAUCGAAUGAGGCCAGACAAAGACUUAUUUCACUCAUGUCAGGUGAAUUGCAAAGGAAGAUUGGCUUGAAGGUGCUUGAAAUGAGAGGAAAUGCUGUUGUUGGUUAUUUGCAGUGUUUUGAUUUGGAGGGAGAGUCUGGACUGGUAGUGCGAGCCAUAGGAACAGCCUGCACGUUGGAUAAAUUAAGUAACACAUCAGCAUUUUUACCUGCAUGUAACUCCCCAUCCAAAGAAAUGAAGGAGAUUCCUUUCAAUGAAGAUCCCAAUCCCAAUACUCAUUCAUCAGGACCCUCCACCCCUCUGAAAAACCAAACCUAUUCCUUUUCACCUUCCAAGUCCUACAGUCGACAGUCCUCUUCUUCUGACACAGAUUUGAGUUUGACACCCAAAACUGCACCUUCCCCACAGGGACCUAGGAUUUUCCUGUUUCCCAGCUCCCCUACACUCUCUUGUGAUUCCCCACAUCUUAAAAAGUCCUGUCUCCUCCUCUCGGGGUCUAGCAUUAAACCUCUACACUCUAGCCAUGUCAGCCCAGUUGUUCUGAGGAAAAGUGUUUCUUUCACUGAAGAGCUGCUUCUGGCUGCUUCUGGAAUGGGCAGUGGGAGUGCUGGAAAAGAAGGAGGGCCAUUUAAAACUCUUUUAAGACAACAGACUCAGUCAGCUCUGGAGCAAAGGGAAUUUCCAUUUUUUACCCUGACGACCUUUCCACCAGGCUUUCUUGUCCACGUUGGUGGUGUUGUCAGUGCACGAUCUGUGAAGCUCCUGGAUCGCAUCCACAAUCCUGCCUUUGUCGGAAUUAUGGGUAACACAAGAUCAUACAAACUGCUAGACUGGAAUAGUUUCAAUUCAGAUGAACCAGAGACACGAGAUGCAUGGUGGGCAGAAAUCAGACAAGAAAUAAAAUCCCAUGCCAAGGCAUUGGGUUGUCAUGCUGUAGUGGGCUACAGUGAAUCAACUAGCAUUUGUGAAGAGGUCUGUAUUUUGUCCGCGUCUGGCACAGCAGCUGUACUGAACCCUAGGUUCCUUCAGGAUGGCACCAUGGAAGGCUGUUUGGAACAAAGGUUGUCAUGGCAGCCUGGCUUCUUUUCCAUAGGGUCAGAGAAGGGAGAGGUUGAUUUUUUUCCUCAGAGCCAAGAUAGUUCUUCUCUAUUAGGGAUUGAAGAAGCUUCACCACCAGGUUGUGGAUUUUGCCAUAUACCAUAUGAUGAAUUGAACAUGCCAUUCCCUGCUCACCUCACUUACUGUUACAACUGCAGGAAGCAAAAAGUCCCUGAUGUCCUUUUCACCACAAUUGAUCUUCCAGUAGAAGCAAUAGUUAUUGGCAAGGGAUGUCUUAUUCAAGCCAGGUUAUGCCGUCUGAAGAAGAAAGCUCAAGCUGAAGCAAAUGCAACCUCCAUCAGUAACCUCCUGCCAUUCAUGGAGUAUGAAGUGCACACACAGCUGAUGAAUAAACUGAAGCUGAGAGGAAUGAAUGCUCUGUUUGGGCUGAGAAUCCAGAUCACCGUGGGGGAAAAUAUGCUAAUGGGGUUAGCAUCUGCAACAGGUGUGUAUCUAGCAGCUCUGCCAACACCUGGUGGUAUUCAGAUUGCUGGGAAGACUCCAAAUGAUGGCACCUAUGAGCAGCACAUAUCUCAUAUGCAAAAGAAAAUAAAUGACACGAUAGCAAAAAACAAGGAACUUUAUGAGAUUAAUCCUCCAGAACUACCUGAAGAAAUCAUAGGGUCUCCCAUUCCAGAGCCAAGGCAACGUUCCAGGCUAUUAAGAUCCCAGUCAGAAAGCUCUGAUGAAGUUACAGAGCUUGACCUUUCACAUGGAAAAAAGGAUGCUUUUGUCUUGGAGAUUGAUGAUACAGAUGCAAUGGAAGAUGUGCAUUCUUUACUGACAGAUGUUCCACCACCUUCUGGUUUUUACAGUUGCAACACAGAAAUUAUGCCUGGUAUAAAUAACUGGACACCAGAAAUUCAGAUGUUCACAGCAGUAAGAGUAUCCAGAUUAAGCAACAUUAACCCAACAAAUCAAACACUUAAUAAGAACUUUAAUGAUAUCUGUGAGAAUCUGUUGAAGAGCUUGUAUUUUAAACUCCGAUCUAUGGUUCCCUGCUGUCUUUGCCAUGUAAACUUCACAGUUGCUCUACCAGAGGAUGAAUUAGUUCAGAUUGCAGUCACAGCUGUUGCAAUUACAUAUGACAAAAAUCAAGCAUUACAAGCCAACAAAGCCCCUACAGAAAAAUCACAACAAAGAGCAUCUACAGACAAUGAAGAACAGCUACAAUUUCCAUUGGAACUUUGCUCUGAUCCGCUUGCUUCUCAACCAUUCUCUCCAGCUAAAGAAACCCUGGAGGGUGCAAGUUCCCACACAGGUAUUCCUGCUGCUCAGAGAGCAACGUCAGUUGAUUACAGUUCCUUUGCAGACAGAUGCAACAACUGGAUAGAGCUCAUUAAACUGAAAGCUCAGACCAUAAGGCGCGGAUCAAUUAAGACAACUGCUUCACUCGAUAAAGCGAGUCCAUUGGCUGAGGGAUACUUACGGCACCGUUCUGUUCCGUCGUGCACCAACUCUACCGUCUCAGUUGUUAAGAUGACACCUCUUUCUUUUCUACCUGGGGCUAAAAUAACCAAAUACCUCGGGAUAAUCAACAUGUUUUUUAUACGAGAAACCACUUCUCUGCGUGAGGAGGGCGGUGUCAGUGGUUUUCUCCAUGCUUUUAUUGCUGAAGUGUUUGCAAUGGUGAGAGCUCACGUUGCAGCUCUGGGGGGGAAUGCAGUUGUCUCCUACAUAAUGAAGCAGUGUGUCUUCAUGGAGAAUCCAAACAAAAAUCAGGCUCAGUGUUUAAUAAAUGUCAGUGGUGACGCCGUCAUAUUUGUCCGUGAGUCUGAGCUGGAAACAUUACCAGCACAGCCUUCUACGGCUGUUCCUCAGCCCACGAGUUCUGCAGGAGAUGUCACAACAUGAAGACAGAAAAAGUGAAAUAGUCUCUGCCAAAUAUGAAGAUAAUUUAAAGUGUGGGAAUGUUUAGGUUUGCAUCUUCAAAAUCAGUCUCCAUAACAUUCAUAGCCAAAAUCCAAGACAAUCAC